GACAUUUGCUUAACGUGCACGUCUGCGGGUACGGCGACGGGUAGAUCCUGGAGAAGUUAAACUAGUUCCAGUUGAAUUACAAUUAGAAGAAGUUAUACUCACUGCAAGACAGCAGGCAGGACUCUCUCUCGUCGAUUCCCACCUCAGCCGCUGUUCUCCUCCUCGAGUCAAUAAAGUUUUUUCAAACGGACUCCACUGCAGCAAUGGCGGCCCCCAUGUCGUGGAGGAGGCUGGUGUACUUCGUGUACUCGCCGGCCCUGGCCGGGGUUUUCACGCGAAUAUCCGACCGGCUCUUCCGUGCGCGGGACAAAGGAGGCGGGUCCUCCGUGUUGCUUUUGGCACCCCUGCUGGCCAAAGCCCAGCCGGCGCACGAACACGUCCCCAGCCAGGGCGCGCACAGCCUCAACGGCCGCUUCCGAUGGAUGGCGGAGCACUUGCCGGCCUUCCGAGUGAGCGGUGCCCGCAUCCGCGUCCUCACCUCGCCCGACCAGUUCUACCAGACAUUGAAGGCACGUGUGAGGACUGCAAAGAGACGAGUGGUGUUGGCCUCGUUGUAUCUGGGAACGGGUCAGCUGGAACAAGACUUGGUGGACUGCAUGCAGGAAGCUCUGGAAAGCUCGCAAGAAAAAGGCCACGCCCCCGACUUUAAGGUCUCAGUGUUGCUGGACUACACGCGAGGCUCACGAGGGCAGGUGAACUCGAGGACCAUGCUGCUGCCUCUGCUGCAGCGCUUCACCUCGCAGAUGCGCGUCUCUCUGUACCACACCCCCGACCUGAGGGGCCUGCUGAGGCUGCUGGUGCCGCAGCGCUUCAACGAGACCAUCGGCGUGCAGCACAUCAAGGUCUACCUGUUUGACGACAGCCUCGUCAUCAGCGGGGCCAACCUGAGCGAUUCCUACUUCACCAACAGACAGGACCGCUACGUCCUGCUGGAGAACUGCCGUGAAUUGGCCGACUUCUUCUCGGAGCUGGUGGAUGCCGUGGGAGAUGCUUCGCUGCAGCUUCAGCCCGACGACUCCGUCACCGUGCAGCAGGGCAUGGUGCACCCGUACAAAGGUGACAGACAGGACUUCGCCGCCGUGGCGAGCAAGCGCAUCAUGGAGGUCGUGGAAGCCGCCCAUUCGCGCCAGCGGCUCCUCAACCAACUCUCCGAGGAAGGAGAGGGGGCGAGGGAGGAUGCGGAUGAGGAUGAGGAUGAGGAGGACACCUGGGUGUUCCCCCUGGUCCAGAUGAAGCCUCUCGGCAUCCAGGUGGACGAGCAGGUCACACAGCGCCUGCUGACCGAAGCAGCUCCGGACUCCACCGUCUUCCUCACGUCCGGCUACUUCAACCUGACGCGGGCGUACAUGCGCCUGGUGCUCGGCACCGGCGCCACCUACCGCAUCCUCACCGCCUCCCCGGAGGUCAACGGCUUCUUCGGCGCCAAGGGGGUUGCCGGCGCCAUCCCCGACGCGUACACGCACAUCGCCAGGCAGUUCUACGACCAGGUGUGCCGACUGGGUCAGCAGGAGAGGGUCCGCUUGCACGAGUACCACAGGCCAAGGUGGACGUUCCACGCCAAAGGUCUGUGGUACUACCUCCAGGGGCGGGAUCGACCUUGCCUCACGCUGAUAGGCUCCCCGAAUUUUGGCUACCGCUCAGUUCACCGCGACCUUGAGGCCCAGAUUGCCAUCGUAACAGAAAACAAACAAUUACAGGAUCAGCUACAAGAGGAGCAGGAGAUGUUGUACCGGCGCUCCUCGGAGGUGUCCAGGUCUACAUUCGAACAGCCGGACCGCCACGUCAAGCUGUGGGUGCAGCUGGUCACCCCUCUCAUCAAGAACUUCUUCUGAGAUGAGAAGCUCCCGUCCUGCUGGGAGUCUCGAUACUGAACUUGAGUGACACACGCACACACACCGAUGUUACUGACCUGUCACACGGAAGUGUCUUCCGCCCCCGAGGAUACGGCAUCAUGUGUGAAAAAGACUUGAGAAUGAAUGUUGGACACUGAACUGCAAGUACCCGAGUCCCAAAAUGACAUUUCGCGAGUCUACGGACUUGCUGGUACAUGUGAACUAAUAUCUUAGUCAAUUAAAAAUGCAAUGACUUUUUCCUCAACUCUUUUUUU